AUGUUUAUGCUCCGAAACGUGAGUAAAUUUCUCUUUGGAGACACUUCCAAGGAGUCCAUCAUCGAGAUACCCCAGGGCCAGCUUUAUCUCGUUCGGCCACUCUCCCCCAAGGGAUACUCUGAACUUAUCUUCAAGGACGCCGCGGCCAGCAUUCGAAGGACCGGACAAGAGUUUCAGUAUCAGCUAGUUGUUCAGAGAGCCUAUGAGGAAGGAGAAGAGGAACUUGCGGACGACGAGGACGAGCAGGGCGCCGCGGACAUUCUGGACAAGGACGAGAAAGUCUUCCUGCUUGAUCAGAGCCUGCAUUUCCGCUCUGAAGUGAGAGAGGGAGGCGAAAAGGUCUUGGCUUGGAGGGAUUUGAGCGGAGACCCCGGCGAUCUCUUCGAAUUCAUCUGUGACUCUUCGAUUUCUUCCGAUAAGGUAGCGACAUUCGAACUCGCUGCAGUCCAGUGCCAGUACGAGCGAAAGUACAAGAGAAGUGCGCAGAAGGCGACAGAGCAGGAGCUGAAGCAGUUUUCUUUUGAAGAAGAACAUCCUAUCCCUUCUGCUAGUCCUAUUUCUUCUCCCACUGUCAAGUCCCCUCGCACGCGUUCCCCAACGUCUGGAGAAUCUGCCGCCGUCAUGGCACGCGAUGUCGAAUAUGCCCAGUCCAAGGGACAGAUUAAGGCUCAUACUGCGGAUGAACCUACAGCAGCACCGCCUGCUGCUGGGCCCCCUGAAGCGAAAGAAAUCCUCGCCAAGGAGACCGCCGAGCUUCACUUGUUUGAUUUCCCGUCAGGCACCUUCGUUCUGCAAGACCAAGAGGUGACAGCUACGGUCUCAGAGAUUGGAACAUGGCAAUACUGGCUGCAGAUAAGUGGAAAGGACAAGGAAUGGCUGGGUCAACCUGUCGUCGCGGACAUCAACCCCGUCUUCAAUUUCGAGUACCUAUCCUUCAUAUUCAACCACUACACGGAAGACGGCUCGGCGUAUUCAUGGCUGCUGCGAUUCAAGGAUCAGCCUACGGAAGAACGAUUCCAGGAAGGUCUCAUGCAGGCACUGUGGGAGCAGCUGAACGAGAUGAAGUGGGUAAAGGUCAAGGACAAUGACAGGGAGUACGUUCUGGAUGCUUUCCAGGAUCUCACAAUGGAAGACACUCCGGAAGAGCAGGAACAGGCAGAGGAUGAAGUUGAGCAAGAGGAAGAAGAGGAGGAGGAGGACGAGGGUCAGCGCAGUGAGCACUAUGACACGGAUGAGGAGGAAGACGACGUUGUUACCCGUGACCAGGAUGGCAACGUCAACUCCCAGCUUGCCGUAGGCUACAAGCAUGAUCGAUCAUUCGUUGUGCGAGGUUCGAAGAUUGGUGUCUUCAAGCACACUCCUAAUAACAACCUUGAGUUCUCUACCAACAUCUCCAAGGUCGAGACCCCCAAAGGGAAGCUCUUCAGCCCGAAGAAGGUCAUGCUCCACGCGGAAGACUCAAACAUGAUCCUUCAGAAUGCUGAUGAGCCUAACUCGCUCUACCGGAUGGACCUGGAGUACGGUAAGGUGGUGGAUGAAUGGAAGGUCCAUGAAGACAUUCCCGUCACCAGCUUCGCACCAGAGACUAAAUUCUCGCAAAUGACUUCUGCCCAACGCUUCAUCGGUAUCUCGAAGAACGCCUUGUACCGUAUCGAUCCUCGUCUGGCCGGCAAUAAGCUUGUUGAAUCCGAUCUCAAGCAGUACGUCAGCAAGAACGACUUCUCUGCUACUGCUACAACCGAGAAGGGAUACAUUGCGGUUGCGUCGAAUAAGGGAGAUAUUCGCAUGUUCGAUCGACUCGGUAUCAACGCCAAGACACACAUCCCAGCUCUUGGUGAGCCCAUCAUCGGUCUGGAUGUCUCUGCUGAUGGCCGCUGGGUUCUUGCAACUUGCCGUACCUAUCUUCUUCUGAUCGACGCAUUGCAGAAGGAUGGUAAAAACGAAGGCAAGCUCGGCUUUGAGCGCUCCUUUGCCAAGGAUUCGAAGCCGCAGCCCCGUCGUCUGGGCCUGCAGCCUGCCCAUGUCGCGCAAUUCCAGCACGAAACCAAGGCGCCGUUGUCCUUCACUCCCGCUCGCUUUAACACCGGUGUAGACACGAAUGAGACGUCCAUCGUUACUGCUACGGGUCCCUUCAUCAUCACAUGGAACCUGAAGAAGGUGCUUGCAGGUCGCAAGGACCCUUACACCAUCAAGCGCUAUGCAGAGAAUGUCAUGGCGGACAACUUCAGAUUCGGCUCUGACAAGAACGUUAUCGUUGCCCUGCCGAACGAGGUCAACAUGGUCGCCAAGAAGAGCUUCAGAAAGCCGACCCGAGAGAGUAUUGCCACACCCGUCAGACCUACCAGAAGGAGCUACAACCGAUUGGGACGCGACGACAUUGUCAAUUCUCCUUACUAA